AUGGACGUGGACGUGGACGUGGACGUGGACGUGGACGUGGACGUGGACGUGGACGUGGACGUGGACGUGGACGUGGACGUGGACGUGGACGUGGACGUGGACGUGGACGUGGACGUGGACGUGGACGUGGACGUGGACGUGGACGUGGACGUGGACGUGGACGUGGACGUGGACGUGGACGUGGACGUGGACGUGGACGUGGACGUGGACGUGGACGUGGACGUGGACGUGGACGUGGACGUGGACGUGGACGUGGACGUGGACGUGGACAUGGACGUGGACGUGGACGUGGACGUGGACGUGGACGUGGACGUGGACGUGGACGUGGACGUGGACGUGGACGUGGACGUGGACGUGGACGUGGACGUGGACGUGGACGUGGACAUGGACGUGGACGUGGACGUGGACAUGGACGUGAACGUGGACGUGGACGUGGACGUGGACGUGGACGUGGACGUGGACGUGGACGUGGACGUGGGGACGUGGACGUGGACGUGGACGUGGACGUGGACGUGGACGUGGACGUGGACGUGGACGUGGACGUGGACGUGGACGUGGACGUGGACGUGGACGUGGACGUGGACGUGGACGUGGACGGGACGUGGACGUGGACGUGGACGUGGACGUGGACGUGGACGUGGACAUGGACGUGGACGUGGACGUGGACGUGGACGUGGACGUGGACGUGGAUGUGGACGUGGACGUGGACGUGGACGUGGACGUGGACGUGGACGUGGACGUGGACGUGGACGUGGACGUGGACGUGGACGUGGACGUGGACAUGGACGUGGACGUGGACGUGGACGUGGACGUGGACGUGGACGUGGACGUGGACGUGGACGUGGACGUGGACGUGGACGUGGACGUGGACGUGGACGUGGACGUGACGUGGACGUGGACGUGGACGUGGACGUGGACGUGGACGUGGACGUGGACGUGGACGUGGACGUGGACGUGGACGUGGACGUGGACGUGGACGUGGACGUGGACGUGGACGUGGACAUGGACGUGGACGUGGACGUGGACGUGGACGUGGACGUGGACGUGGACGUGGACGUGGACGUGGACGUGGACGUGGACGUGGACGUGGACGUGGACGUGGACGUGGACGUGGACGUGGACGUGGACGUGGACGUGGACGUGGACGUGGACGUGGACGUGGACGUGGACGUGGACGUGGACGUGGACGUGGACGUGGACGUGGACGUGGACGUGGACGUGGACGUGGACGUGGACGUGGACGUGGACGUGGACAUGGACGUGGACGUGGACGUGGACGUGGACAUGGACGUGGACGUGGACGUGGACAUGGACGUGGACGUGGACGUGGACGUGGACAUGGACGUGGACGUGGACGUGGACGUGGACGUGGACGUGGACGUGGACGUGGACGUGGACGUGGACAUGGACGUGGACGUGGACGUGGACGUUGGACAUGGACGUGGACGUGGACGUGGACGUGGACGUGGACGUGGACGUGGACGUGGACGUGGACGUGGACGUGGACGUGGACGUGGACGUGGACGUGGACGUGGACGUGGACGUGGACGUGGACGUGGACGUGGACGUGGACGUGGACGUGGACGUGGACGUGGACGUGGACGUGGACAUGGACGUGGACGUGGACGUGGACGUGGACGUGGACGUGGACGUGGACGUGGACGUGGACGUGACAUGGACGUGGACGUGGACGUGGACGUGGACGUGGACGUGGACAUGGACGUGGACGUGGACGUGGACGUGGACGUGGACGUGGACGUGGACGUGGACGUGGACGUGGACGUGGACGUGGACGUGGACGUGGACGUGGACGUGGACGUGGACGUGGACGUGGACGUGGACGUGGACGUGGACGUGGACGUGGACGUGGACGUGGACGUGGACAUGGACGUGGACGUGGACGUGGACGUGGACGUGGACGUGGACGUGGACGUGGACGUGGACGUGGACGUGGACGUGGACGUGGACGUGGACGUGGACGUGGACAUGGACGUGGACGUGACAUGGACGUGGACGUGGACGUGGACAUGGACGUGGACGUGGACGUGGACGUGGACGUGA